AAAUGGAGGCUCUCGCUCUGUUUGUGGUAUGGGAAUGCCUGAAUGCAAACCUUGCUCUCUUUCUUGAGAAAGACUACGAUGGCCAUGCUCAACCAAAUACUGAGAUCGCUGAAGAAACCAAAGGUACUGAGACUUGUAUGUCUUGCUUCAUCUGUUGUUGGAUUGCUCUGUUAUGCACUCAGUUCCUCUUUCAACCAUUUACUGGGAAACUGGAGCUGGUGGAAGAUGCUUCUUUAUAUUGUUUUCAGUUUCAUCGUUUUCCUUGCCGUCUUGUUCGCACCGGCAAGGUCGCGCUCCACCUCUCUCCGGCUGGAAUCUCAUGUGUCAUUUUUGGUUCUCAUAAUCACUUCUGUUUAUUCCUUUUUGUUUGAUAAUCUCGUGAAGGGUAAACCAGAUGCAUACAGCCUGGUCUCUUGUGCUGCUUUUGCUACCAUGUCACUUGGCUUGUCAAAUCUUACUCAAUUUGGAUUCCAGAUCGAUCUACUAUAUUUCUUCUGCGGAGGUCUACUAGUACAACUCAUGGAGAUCAAAAUGUGGUUAGUCAUUGUUGGAGGGAGCUUCAGUUAUUCCCUCAUUCAAAUUUGUGAUUAUCCGCGCCACACACAACGGGAGAAUCUUCCCCUCCAGCUCCAAAAUCUAGUAAACAUUCAAGUUGAUCCACGGAGUGUUAGUAGUAGCAGUCAUGAAGAAGCUUAUGCUGAUGUUGAUAGUACUCAAGGCACCUCACCAGAAGACGGGGAUCUAAGAUUCCAAGACCAUUUGCACACUCAAAAUAAUUCACCUUCACAAGAUGACAUCCAGCAACAGCUUAUGAAUUGUAUAAAGGAGCUUGAGAAGGAGAAUAAGAUGCUUGUUCCCUUUUUUUGUGGUCAUGUGGACAAAUACCUUGAAGCCGAAUUUGGCUCCAAAGAAGAACCGUAUGCUGAUAUCAACUUUGUGUUGGAUGCACUUCCAUCGGAAAUUAUGAGGCGCCUUAAGGAAAUCGUGAAGCUGAUGGUAGACGGAGGUUUCGUAGAGGAAUGCAGCGACAUUUACAGCACAUGGCGAAGGGAGUUUGCAGAACAGUGUCUACGAGAACUUCUGCAAUUUCAAUUGCCCAUCAAAAUGGACUUUUGGAAGUGGUCAGCAGCGUGCAAGGCAGCUUGGAAGAUGUUUUUUCCCAAUGAAAGAAGACUCUGCGAUUUCCUCUUUUCAGGUUUAUCUGUCGCUGCGGAUGUCUCCUUCGAUAAAUUUUGCAAGAGUCUGACGACUGUUCUACUGGAAUAUGCCCAUACCAUAACAACUCAGAGCUAUACGCAGUAUACGCUUCUCGUGGACGCCCCUAGAAUGUUGAUGUCAUUAGGCAAGCUGGAACCGGAGUUCAUCGCUUAUAACAAUUUGUCGUUCGUACGUGAUGUUCGAGACAUUCAGCAAAGAUUGGCUAUGAUAAACAGCUUUAGGUAUAUUAUUUACCCUGAUAUUGUGGAGGCACCUGCUACCGACGGAGGGCUUCAUCUCAUUACUAAGGAAUCAAUGAACUACAUCCUUGGAAUUUGUGAAGGUAUGAUAUACCAGAGGGAUUGUCAAACUUACUGCAUCGAAAAUUCUUCAUUUUGGGUGGUGAUAGGAAAGAUGAUUGAGUUGUUAGAGAGCGAGUUGGAACUCGAGUCUACACGCUUAUACGGUGACCGCGCAUUGCGCUAUAUUUUUAUGAUCAAUAAUCUCAUACACAUAAACCAAAGGACAUGUGAUUUGAAAUUCGACGAUGAAUGGUUUCAACAACAAAAACGAAAGGUGAGACAAAAGUGUAACCUGUAUUAUGAGUGGACGUGGAACAAGAUGAUGGAUUUUUUGACGGUUGAGACAAAUGAGUCCGGGGAAGUGGUAGCGGAUUUAAUGAUAAAAAAGAUCCGUUUGUUCAACCUGCACUUUGAGGAGACAUGCACACUUCAAUCUACAUGGAUGGUCUCUGAUAAAAAACUGAGGAAACGAAUAACAAAACACAUUGAAGGGUUCUUGUUGCCAGAAUAUGAAAAUUUUUGUGGCAGCUUUCUAGCCGUUCUUGGUGAUGAAGCUUGCUGUGGUGUUUCACUUGGGAGUAAGUUUAUGAAUGAUGUGUUACUUAGAUACGAUGGAGUUGAAACCAAUGAAGAUGAGGUUGUUGUGGAAGGUGAAGUUGUUCAACCUAAAGUUGAGAGAGAGGGUGAGGAUGAGGUUAGUGAAGAAGGGAAGGGUAAAGGAGUGGAUGAUGUUGCUGAAGGGGAGGGUGAGGAUGAGGUUGUUGUGGAAGACGAGAGUGAGGGAGGGGAUGAUGUUGUUGUUGAAGGGAAUGGUGAGGAUGAGUUUGAUGUUAGUAGUUGGAUUGAGUCCCAAGACGAUUUUUUCAGUGAAGAUUGUAUGUGUGUUUAA